AUGUUUUGUUGUUUGAAAAUUCUCCCUCUGCCUCUAAAGAUCUGCCUUGGAAUAUGCCUCCAACAGGAUGUCUCAGAGGAGAGUAAAAAAGCCAAAAUGAAGAACUCCGUCAUUGAACAGGACCUUUGUGAACAUGCCAGGGUGGAAAGUGAUGUCAUCAAAAUCCUAAUGCUUGGAGUUGCAGAAAGUGGAAAGAGCACAAUAAUCAAACAAAUCAAGAUAAUACAGAGCAGCGGCUUCUCCACACAGGAACUUCUCAGUUUCAAGCCUGCAGUGCUGGAUAACCUUCUCACCUCCAUGAAGAUUGUUCUGCAUGGAAUGGGCAAGCUGAGGAUAAACCUUGCAUACAAGAAGAACAAGAUCCAGGCUCGCUCCAUUUUGUCCUGCAGCCAGUGUUUGGGAGACGACCAGGAGCUGCUCCCUUUUGUCGCCCAAGCCUUCUGUGCUCUUUGGUCCGACCCAGGGGUGAGGGCUGCUGCAGCCAGAGGAUACGAGUACGAACUGAACGACUCUGCCCUCUACUUUUUUGAAAAUAUAAGUCGAAUCAUCUCCCCUGCCUACAUUCCCACUGAAGCCGAUGUCCUGAGGGUCAGAGUGAGAACCUGUGGAAUCAUUGAGACGCACUUUCAAGUUGAAGAAACAAUCUUUAGACUGUAUGAUGUUGGAGGCCAGCGGAGUGAGAGGAGGAAGUGGCUGAGUUGCUUUGAUUCUAUCCACGCUGUGCUGUUUGUUGUGGCCCUCACUUCCUAUGAUCAGACUCUGCUGGAGGAUCCAUCAAUGAAUCGACUUCAGGAAAGUCUUGAACUAUUUUCAUCAGUAUGCUCUAACAAAGUGUUCCAGAAAAACUCCCUGAUUUUGUUCCUCAACAAAACUGACCUUUUCCGGGAGAAGAUCCUGCACUCUGGGAGACACUUGAGAGUUUACCUUUCAAGCUAUGAAGGAGCAGACUGUGACGUGGAUGCUGCAGCUCACCAUAUCGCUGCCAUGUUUUCAGCCUGCAACAUGGACUCCAGCCGGCCUGUGUACCACCACUUCACCACAGCCACAGAUACUGAAAGCAUGGAGGCUGUUUUCCACAUGGUUAUUGAUCAGAUCAUCAAAGAGAACCUAGCAUCUGUCCAGAUGUUGUAG